AUGAGCACGUACCAUCAGACCCGUGACCGGACACGCCCCAGUUUUGACAGCAGCUACAAGUUCUUCAAGAAAGUUGACGAGUUUCCAACUGGACCAGAGUGGACCUGUGAAAUUCUGGAGGCAACGGGAGACCAGAGGGAUGAGAAGGGGCUGUUCAUGACGGAGAAACUUGAGGUCUGGCAUCGAAACCCGGUUGAAUGCAUCAAGGACUUGAUAGGGAACCCCGCCUUCCGGGAGGUCCUUGCGUAUGUCCCAGAGUGGGUGUACGCGGACAGACAAGGUAGAAAGCGAGUUAUAGAUGAAGCUUGGACGGCUGACUGGUGGUUGGAGACACAGAAGAAGCUACCGUCGGGAGCUGUUAUCGCCCCCAUUAUUCUCGCAUCAGACAAGACCCAACUUUCAUUGCAUAGCGGAGAUAAAGCGGCAUGGCCGGUCUACUUGACCAUAGGGAACAUCGCAAAGCAUGUUCAUCAUCAGCCCUCUGCUCACGCGACAGUCCUGAUAGGCUACAUACCAACUUCGAAGCUAGAGUGCUUUACGGAGAAAUACAGGUCGCUUGCAGGGUACCGGCUCUUUCAUGACUUUCUACAUGAUCAAGCCACUACUGCGAUCAUUCUUGAGAGGAAGGUUAAUGAGAUUGAAGACUCACGUUUUGAGAGCCAAGGCCUUCACCCCAUCUGGAAGCUGUUUUGGGUGGACCUGCCAUUUACCGAUAUCUUUGCAUGCUUCACGCCGGAUAUCCUGCAUCAGCUACACAAAGGUAUCUUCAAGGACCACUUGGUUAACUGGAUCUGCGACCUGGCAUCUAAUGAAGAGAUUGAUGCACGUUUCAAGGCCAUGAUGGGUUAUCCAGGCUUGCGACACUUUGCGAAGGGUAUCUCUUCGAUAUCGCAGUGGACCGGUAAUGAGCAUUGCCAGAUGACGCGUGUAGUUGUCGCAAUCUACUUUAUUUACUAUGCCCAAUAUCAACGCCACACAUCUGAGACCCUGGCUCUGAUGCAACAGGCCUUGGACGGGUUUCACCAGCUCAAAGAUAUUUUUAUUGAUUAUCUGGUACGCAAGGACUUCAACAUACCGAAGUUCCAUGCUUUAUUGCACUACAUCGACACCAUACAUGCACUCGGGACAGCCGAUGAAUACACCACAGAGCUUCCUGAGCAUCUACAUAUCGAAUACGCGAAGAAGGCUUAUCACGCAAGUAAUAAGAAAGACUACGAAAUUCAAAUGGCAAAGUGGCUACAGCGGCAGGACGCAAUGGCUCGACGCACCUUGUAUAUUGAUUGGGUUACCGGCAAGCUCGAUCUAAACAGUGUGACUUCGGCGAGCAGGUCCAAUCACAAUUCCGACGUCAACGAGGAUGACAAGGAUGACUACCAAGAGGACUAUCGGCUUCUCCGAAUAGCUGGUUCCAGGGAUGCACUUACCACGCCUGAAGAAGUCGGAUGCAUCCGCGUUGCACGCAAGUGUCCAUAUCCAGCGACCCAUGUCGAUAGGUUGGAGCAUGAGUAUGGGGUAGUAGAGUUCAUCCCUGCUCUACAAACUUUCCUUGCAGAAUCGUGCCCGAGCCUCAAAAUCACGCCGAACAGGUCAGAUGUUUUUGAUGUAUACAAGACUGCUCAAAUACAUCUGCCGCCAAGCUACCACCUACCAGAUUCGAAGGUCAGGUAUACUCAGAUUCACGCUAUCCCAUCCCAGAAGGCAAGAGAUGCUAGGAAAUCUGACAAGCCCAGUCGCUUCGACUUGAUCCUCGCAAUCGAGAAUCGUGACGUGCACAAGACUGAUCCCCGUGGCAUUCAUGGUCUCCGUGUUGCUGAGGUUCGGGUCAUUUUUACUCUACCUCCAGAGCUUGGCGGUAUGGGUGACCAAGAGCCGUUGGUGUAUGUUCGCUGGUUCCGCCCGCUUCAGUCUGUUGAUCCCAUGAGUGGGAUGUUCAGACUUGUGCGCUCUACUCAUCAGUCCUGA